UGUCUCCCCUGCGAAGUCAGCUGAACAGCCAGUCAUGAUCCUUCCCCGUCCUUUGAUCGUGGUUUUGGCCUUAAUGGCAAUGGUUUACUCGGCGAAGGCUGGUGGAGGCGGAUACGGGAGCCGAGGAGGCGGUGGAGGAGGUGGCUUUGGUAAUUCCGGAGGAUUAAGUGGCGGCGGAGUAGGGUUUGCUGGACAGGGUGGAGCUGGUGGAUUUAGCGGAGGUGCUGGAGGAGUAGGUGGAGGAGCCCGAGGAUUUAGCGGAGGAAGCGGCGGACGAGGUGGAGGCAGUGUCGUCCGCGCGCCCUUGGUCGGCGUUGGCGUUCUUCCUAGCGUCGGCGGCAGUUCAGGCUUCGGCGGCGGCAGCGUGGGCGGCGGUGGCGGUUUCGACGUUCUCUGUGUCACAUCUCACAAUAAACAUUAA